AUGUUCUAUCAUCAAUCCUCCUCAGAUCUGCACCACUCCAGUGGAACCACCACAACAGCAACCCUCCCUCCUUCCGAAACGGCUUGCACCACUUCCAAUUCCAUUACUCUCUAUGUUUCGUAUGAUCCUUCCAUUGUCAUCAAACAAUCCCAUUUCAUGUUGCAACAAGAAAACAUGAAUCAUCAUCAUCAACAUUCAAUUCUUCAUCCUUUGAACAUUGAUAUUUAUUCCAAUAUUAUUUACUCCUAUCUCGUAUUUUCAAAUAUUAAAUUUCAAGUCAAGACAAGUCAUCCUUCUCAUAUUCUCUCAUCCCUCUAUUCGAAUCAUACCUCAUCCAAUGAUAUUCAUUUUCCAAUUCUCGUACAUGACUAUCAUGAACAUCAUGUUGUGAUUUAUGGAAUGAAAGAAAUUCUAAAUUACCUGAAAAGUAAAGGAGAGAAUUUAGAUUCAAAUUUAACUCUAAAUGAACAUGCUACAACGACUCUCCAACAAAUUCAAACUGAAAUUGAAGCCUAUAGUCAUAUUGUUCAUGAAAAAUGUUUACCCUUUUAUUUAUAUUCCUAUUGGUUUAGAGACGAUAUUUAUCAAACUUUUACAAAAGAUUUAUAUUUUAAUAGUAUGAGUAGAGUAGUGAGAUGGGCAUAUAUGUGGUCAGAAAGAUCACGUCAUUGUCAAUUAUUGAAAAGUUUAACAAAUUUGAAAAAAAUUGAUGAAGAACAAGAAUCAUUCUUAUCAAAAUAUUUACUUUCCAAAGUAUCCAUGGAACAGAAUGCAAGUAUUAAAUUGUUUUUGGAAUGUUUGGAUUCCUUGAGUGUGUUAUUAGGAAGUACCAAUCGAUUCUUUUAUGGAGAUUCACCCUCUACUUUGGACGCGAUUGCAUUUGGAUAUUUGAGUUCAUUAUAUUAUCCAGCAAUUUAUAUGAAUGUUGAAAAUCAUUCUCAAAAUUCUCAAUUACAAGGUGCCAUGCUCAUUACAAGUAUUUUUAAUCGAUAUCCUAAUAUUCAGAGAUGGAUGAAUCAAAUUCAAGAAGAUUACACAAUGAUCGAAUAUAAUAUACAUUUUCAGAAAUUGGAUGUAAGCACGACGACGCUUGAUGAAAGGAACGACUCGAUUCCUUUUUCCUCCUCCUCCUCCUCUUCACCUAGUAUGGCAUUUCAAAUUGCUUCCUCACCCAAUCGAUUCAUUCAUAAGGCUACAUCAUCAGAGUCAUCUUCACUUGUUUUGAAACAUGAUAUGGCACCCAACAAGAGAAAAUACUUUACCUUUGUGGUCAUUUCAAUUAUUGGAUUUUUAUUUUAUCUAUUUAAGGGAAUCAAAAUUAAGGUAUCGAGCCCUGUACCUGAGCAUCAACCUCCUGAAAUAUACUAUUAUGAUAAUCAAUAUGAAGGGAUUGUGAGUAAAAAAUAA